UACUCUAUUACGGCCGCUCGGGGCAAGAUGACGUGGGGCAAGAUGGCGUGUUCGUCAUCUUGCCCCGGUUAAUUUUACUGGUGCAAAGCUGAAACUUUUAAGAAGUAUGGUUAUGCAUACAAUUUUGAUUUAAGUAAACUAAUAACUGACGACACUGUGAGACUUAACCACUUAUUUAAAAAAAAUUUAAUCUACACUUUUGUUUAACAAUUUUACUUUAGAAUUGAAUUUUUAUUAAUUUAAUAUGCGGGUACAGAUUUUUAGUUUUACUUUGGUUCCAGAGAUGGUGAGAAACUACAAAAAGACUUCCUCUAGAGGAGAGUGGGAAAAAACCAACAUGGAUACUGCUUUCACAGAGGUCAAGGAGGGAAGAAUGACUUGCUUGGGAGCAGCGAGAACUUACAAUGUUCCAGAGGCAACACUUCGACGCCGACUGAAAAAGAACGUUUCGGAUAUGCCUGUCCAUGGAGGAAGAUAUAGAGAAGUAUUCAAUGAAGAGCAGCUCCAAGAUUUACACAACUAUUUGACGGUAAUGGACCAAAUGUUUUUUGGAAUGACCAAGUUGCAGUGCAGAAAAACUCGUUUUUGA